UCUACAACGACAAACUCUAGCAUUCAUACACUGAGGGAGUGAAGUCUGAGGAGGGCUGAAAUUACAUAUGGUUAUUAGAGAGGAAAGAAAAAGUAAGCCCAAUCAAACAAACAAAAAUAGAACAAGCCCUUGGGGGAGUCCCUCCCUUGAAUUAGAGGUAGAGUAUCUAUAUGCUUGGACAUAAAACCCAGACGAUGGUAGAGGGUUGGUAAAGAUGGCGGCGCUCUCCGUGGAUGGGAGGUAUGGACUGAAUUGUGGCCGACGGAAUACAGACCACGUCACUGUAUUGCACGUAAAAUUGACAGAGACAGCUUUCAGAGCGAUAGAAAAGUACCAAACCUCUAAGAAUGUAACGUCCUCGUGGCCAACAAUGCAAUUCAAGGGACUCCAAGGGCGUAUUAAGAUCCCAAGGACUGACUCUCCAGAUGGAUCUCAGAACUUUGACUUCUACCUGUCCAACGUGGGCAAGGACAACCCUCAGGGAAGCUUUGAGUGCAUCCAACAAUAUGUGUCCAGUUCGGGGACCCCGCACCUGGUGUCCUUGGGGGUGGUUCAAGACAAAGUCACGUUGUGUGCCACCAACGACUCCUACCAGGUGACUCGGGAGCUUAUGACGCUGGCUAAGGAGGAUGGAACCAAAGUCCUCAAGCAUGGAGGCCAUUUCAAAGGUAAGAAAGUCCAGAUCCGCAAGCCAGCGCCGUCAGGCUCUGAACCAGUCGCGGAGCGCAAACGCUCCACCCCCAUCAACCCAGCCAAGACCAUCCGCAAGUGCCUUGCCAACAACCUGGUUUCCCAGCGCCCAUACCGCGACCGCCUUGUCCACUUGCUGGCGUUGCGCUCCUACAAGAAGCUGGAGCUACUGGCCAGGAUGCAGCGGGACGGGGUCAGUCAGAAGGACCGCAGCUCUCUUGGGAGUACCCUGCAACAAGUGGCCAACCUGAACCCCAAAGAUAACUCGUACACUCUGAAGGACUUUGUGUACCGUGAGGUGCAGAGGGACUGGCUGGGCUACUCUGAGGACGACCGCGUUCAGGUCAAUGGGAUUCUGGCACGGAAACUGGGCCUUCCCACUGAGCCGCUUUCCUCCAGCGGUCCUCCUAAAAAUGGGUUCCCGGGUUCCGCACAGAAGUGCCAGCCCGAGUUGCCGAGUCACUUCACUGACCCCUUGAUGCCCAAGAAGCCCCGCAUUUCCCAUGUCACCAGCCAAGGGCCACCCACCACCCCCACCUCGUCCUCUAGAGUGCGCCGCAGCGCCACGAAGGGUGACAACAGCCACCACAGCGCCGCUCCCACCACCACUGCCACCACCAAACGCUCGUCUCUCCCAGCCAGGCCCACCACGGCUGGCCCGCCCCUCAACCACCUCCCCCACCCCUCCCAGCUGCCUGUUUCUCACCGCCGUCGUAUGUCUCAUCACCCUGGCCUGGGCUCCAACUCCAGCUCGCCCAGCACGCCUGAGGGCCGUGGCACCCAGGACCUGCCCCUUGACCAGAGCUCAACCUGCCUGGACCCCUCCUCACCGAUAGCCAGCCCCCCAGGCAGGACCGCCGACCGCUAUGGCUCCGGCAUGCUGCCACCGGCCAGCUCCAGCCACCCAGCCCUCACCAUCUCCUCUUCAUCAUCCUCUUCCUCUACCAUUAUCCCCCCUCCCUCGCCCAGCAGUAGCAAGAAGUCAAAGAAGCACAAAGGGAAGGACAGAGAGAAGGAGCGGUGUAGGGAGGGGCACAGCAUCACAUGCGAUGGCAAGCCCCCAGAGGUACAGGUUGAGGACGGCCAAAGGCCCAGGAAGAGACACCACGCCAACGGGGAGGAAAGACGAAGGCCAGUCAUCCCCGCCAAAAGCCUAUUCUGCUCAGACGAAGACAAUAAAAAGAGGCCAGUCCACUCCACAGACUCCUCCACCACUGUGAUGCCAGAUUACAUACGUAAGUACAUGGCAGUGGUGUCCAUGGACCAGAGGCAGACUUACAAGGACAACUUCAAUGCAGAGUAUGAGGAGUACCGCAUCCUGCAUGCCCGUGUGGAGAAGAUCACUCGCCACUUCACCCAGCUAGACGCUCAGUGCAGGAGGCUGCCGCCUGGCACCAAAGAGUACCAGGAGGUACAUGAAGACAUGAUGAAAGAGUACAACAAAAUGAGACUACAUAGCCCAAACUACCAGGUGGAGAAGCAGCGCUGCGAGUACCUGCACAACAAGCUGGCCCACAUCAAGCGCCUCAUCGCUGACUUUGACCAGCGCAGUUCCCAAUCCUGGAGCUAGAGCAACAGUUUCAAGACCACACAGUUUUGAGGUGGUUUAAGGGGUGUGCGGAGCAAGGGGGUUUCAACUGGCUUUUAUUUAUUCAGACCCCCCUGUCUCUGCUGCCCCCCCCCUUCUCGUAAUGGUUUCUCCUGAAGCUCCUCUUCAAUUAUACAACACUUGUCUAGAGGAAGGGAACUACAUGCGCGUGGGGGUAGGGGGGAUACUUAACACUUCUAGCCUUUGAAGGACUUUAUCCAAAAAUUAAACUUAUUUUUGAAAGCAGAGAAAAUAUUAUACUUGUAUUUAAGUAAAAAAAAAAGUAUUUAUUUUUGAUUGUUCAGGUGUGUGUGUGUGUGUGUGGUCCACACAUGAUUUGUUGUUUAAAAAGUUUAUAUUUUCCGAAAGCAAUGCAAAAACAUGGGCCUUAUGUGUUUGACUUUCUGAAGCCAUUUUGCACACGAGAGGAGAUUCCGAGUGGCUCAGUGGUCUAAGACACUGCAUCUCAGUGCUAGAGGUGUCACUACAGACACUGGUUCAAAUCUAGGCUGUAUCGCAACUGGCCUUGAUUGAGUCCCAUAGGGCGGAGCACAAUUGGCCCAGCGUCGUCCGGGUUUGGCCGGUGUAAGCCGUGAAUGUAAAUAAGAAUUUGUUAUUAACUGACUUGCCUAGUUAAAAAAAAAUGAAAAUCCAACGUAUCGUCCCAAUUGUCAGCAGCUGCUCAUCUUCCCUUCACCCUCUUCCUUCAUGGUGAAGUAGAUGGAGAGGAAUCUACUUUAGACCAUUGAGACGCAACACCAAUAUGGGUUAUAAGGGCCAUGGGGGGGUUACAUUUAGGAGGAUCAUACUCUGAUAGCAGGGGGGCGCUACCCUGCGUAACAUCAGUGGUUCUGCUCUCUGUGCAAAAGGGUGCCUUAAGGUGUUAGUUUACAUGGGGGAAUUACAACCACCCGGCUACAGGUCUCACACACCAGCAUGAGGUGUCUGUCUGGGGGGGGGGGGGUCAAAGAGGGAAUACAAAGGUCAGGGAGGUGUGUGUGUGUGUGCGGCUAUGUAAAAUGGGGGGGGUAAGAUUUGGGGGGGAACACGAGGGUGAGAAAAUAGCUAGGUUUCCAUCCAAUUCAUGACCGAUUUUCAUGCAAAUAUUAUAAAAUCGUCGGAUAAAAGUGCGUGAUGACGUAGUGCACAUUUUUAAAAAGUUAUUGGUUUCCAUCGCAUUUUCAACUACUGAUGGUUUUGUAAGAGAAAUGUUGCGUUUUAUAUAGCGACUGUGCCCACUGGCAGUGGCAUGUGCGCUCCAGCCAACAGCUCCAGGUACAGUGCUAGUAGGCUACCUACAUGAGAGCGUUUUUAUUAUUUUAAUUUGUCAAAUGGCAGCCAAGCAUCUAUCAUUAUGUUACUAGAAUAGACCCUCAAUAUUUAUUGGAAAAGAACAUCAAGCUCAUCACUGCACUUUCACCACCCUGUGAAGUAAAUACCUUAUUUAAUCUGUAGCAUAAACUGUAUGCUUUCCCGAGGUGUAGUGGGAGGACCACAUGAUAUGAUUGUGUGACUCCCAAGUUUACAUCAAUGGUUAUUAUAUCAAUAUUUGCGCGUAAAGGCAACCGCCAUUUCUCGCAUCAUUAAUUUUAUUGAAACAAAAAGAUCCCACCUUGUCUAGUGUAUUUUGUUUUGUCGACAUUUGGAAAGUUGACCGACAAAUAAGUUGUUGGAUAGAAAACAUGUUUAUGAAAAAGGGGGAAAAAGCUGCUGUAGUCUGUUUGACUAGCCAGAGCACUCAGGAUCAACCUGGCUAAAGUUAGUGUUUUUAAUUGGGGGGCUGUUCUAGAGUAGCCGAUCUCUGGAAGGACUAGAGCAUUGCCUCGCCAGUUUAUUUAAAGGAAAACAGGCUGUUUGAUAAAUUAAUGCAUCUAUACCAGAAGACAAAUCUGUAUUACAAAGACAAAUGUAUUCUUUUCUCCUUGAUUCCAGUUUUGUCAGUGCAGCAGAACUAUGGAAGAACUGCGAAUAGCAUUUCUGUUUUAGUUUUUGAAUUCAACUCAUGCUGAUUUAGUUUGACAGACAGAUGAAUGCAUGGAUUAAGGAUGAAAAUUUCAUGAUAUCAUUAAUAAACAAGGUCUUGAGCUCAAGGGAAAUAUUAUGUUUACAAACCUGUGUUAGAAUGUUUGUCCCCAAAAAGUGAAAUACUGUUCUGGUAUAUAUCUACAUUACUGGUUCAGCCUUUUAUUUAUGAGGCACUGAUACUGGAGACUGGAUAUAAAAUGUGUUCCCUGGAAGAUGACAUUUCUGUUUUGGGGUAACAUUCUAGUACUUAUUUUAACUUUUUUCUCUCUGCUUUCCAAUUGGGGUGGGGACAAAUCCAAAAUUGUAAGUAAGAAACUGAGGAUUAUGCACUCUUGCUGCAGAGACCCAUCCAACAGAAGCCCCAAUGAUGUAAGGUCUGAUAGUACUGUCAUAUGAUUGGGGCUUCCGUUGGAUGGGUCUCUGCAGCAGAGGUAGUGUCACUUUUUAAAAACAGGAAGGCCCUCUUCAGUCACAAUUCAAACUCUGCAGGGACCAUGAGCUCAACAUGUUUUAGAGGGAUUUGUAGACAUGAAAAAUACUUAUUUGGAGAUCUCUGAAGCAUCUUGACACUCAUGAGUCCCAGCAGACUACUACAGUACAGGGUCUACUCCCAGCAAAAUGGUGACUUUGUUGGAGUUCAGCAGUCUUACUGAGAAGUUGUAAAGGGCAAACAAGUGUUUAAAAGACAUCUCAAUGUUUUGGUGUGAAAGAUGACUCAGAACUGUAUGGAUUGUGAAGGAGUACUGAACCUGCCCACCUGAAAAUGCAUUAAAUCUGUAAAAUAAAAGUCAACUUGGCUUUACAUUGAAGAUUGUAGACUUUCUUUUCAGUUGUAAGCCAUCUGCAUAUCCGUGUGAUUAUGGGCCUUGACCCCUGGUUAAGAGUUCUGUAUGAAUGCAACCCAUGGUUAUGAAGUUGUAAUUGGAAGCUUUGGAAUGUUUGAUCAUUUUGGCUACUGAGACUUCACAUUUGUUCCAUCAUGAUUAGUGUGAAAAAUCAUACUGUUUAAUAUACUUGUCAUGGAAUGAACAGUUACAUUUCUGGUUAGAAUUGUAGACUGUGGAACAGCAGCAAACUGGAGUCCCUUUGGCUUAAUCUGUGCAAAGGUAUGCAGAUACUGCACUAGUGCACGCAUGGAAAGGUAUUUUUUCUGAAUAGUUACAAGCGACUUUGGUUGUACAGGGAUUUUUGGGGGGUUGGCCUUAAAAUGUCCUUAAUAUUUUCACACAUGCAAUGCAUGCAUGUUUGAGGGAUUUCAAAUUCUAGGACUGAGAAAAUAAUUUUCUAUAUAUUUCACUUAACUAUUAUAACUAAGUUGGUUCAGUGAACCACAGGAUGAGUAACCUUGCCUGAAGAUGUGCUGGCUCCUAGAGAAAAUGCCUACAGGCUUUAGCGCUACGGCCUAGCAGACUUAUGACACACAACUGACCCGGGUUCAAAUCCAGCCAGUCACAUUGGUGCAGCGACUUUGAUAGUCAGUUGAUUCUGAGGAGGUGGUCAAAGGAGGGUGAAUUGUAGCAGAGGUAGUUUGGUGAACCACCCUCUUGAGUAACCAACCUUUCCUGAGAUCUGAGGACUUGCGUUAGUUCCCGUAACACAGCCUUGUGCAGAUGAGAUGGGUUCAAACCCAGUCAGUCACGCUAUCAAAUACAGUGUACAAAACAUUAUGAACACCUGCUCUUUCCAUGACCGACUGACCUGGUGAAUCCAGGUGAAGGCUAUGAUCCCUUAUUGAUGUCACUUAAAUCAUUUUCAAUCUGUGUAGAUGAAGGGGAGGAAGGUUAAAGAAGGAUUUUUAAGCCUUGAGACAUGGAUUGUGUGUGUGCCAUUCAGAGGGUGAAUGGGCAAGCCAAAAUAUUUAAGUGCCUUUGAAUGGGGUAUGGUGGUAGUAGGUGCCAGGUGCACCAGUUAGGGUCAAGAACUGCUACGCUGCUGGGUUUUUCACACACAACAGUUUCCGAUGUGUUUCAACAAUGGUCCAUCACCCAAAGGACAUCCAGCCAACUUGACACAACUGUGGGAAGCGUUGGCGUCAACAUGGGCCAUGAUUCCAGUGAAUUGCUUUCGACACCUUGACGAAAUGAGGCUGUUCUGAGUGCAAAAGGGAGGGUGGAUGCAACUCAAUAUUGGGAAAGUGUUCUUAAUGUUUUGUACAGUCUUUAAAAAAAUCAUUAUUCCUUAUGGCAGCAGCGGUGGCCAACCCUGCUCUAACACACACCAGGAGUGUGCAAUGCUCUCAUCAAGGGAAAAGGGUGGCUACUUUUUUUUAACACUUUUUUUUUGGUUACAUGAUUCCCAUACAGUAUGUUAUUUCAUAAUUUUGAUAUCUUCACUAUUAAUCUGCACUGUAGAAAAUAGUAAAAAUAAAGAAAAACCCUUGAAUGAGUAGGUGGGUCCAAACUUUUGACUUGUACUGUACACGCCUAACAUGUAAAUAGGAAGUAAAUCAAUCUGUCGGGAUAGUGAAGCCUUAUGACUGCAUCUGCCUACAUUAGAUGUGGUUGAAUGAUCUAUGUUUUUUUUUUACACGGAUAAAAAAAAUGGAUAACAUAAUUGCUAUUUCGGUGUUCUACUUGGAUCGAAAAAAUGACAGGGUAUCAAAAAUAAUUACCACGCUGCAGUUUUAAAAUGUGGGAUAUCCUUUGUUUAUAAUAAACACACCUUUUUUUGACGCUACACCGAAGUUUACUGAUCAAUUGUUUGCCCGAGCGUUUCAUAUAACAUUUCCAAGACAUCCGUUUUUGUCUUUAACCAACGUCAGAAUGGCACUGGAAUUUGUGGAAACUAAAUUUAGGGGAGACAAAGUUACAAUAUUUCUAAAAACCCAUCGUACCCGUAUUGCGUGACGGCUAAAGAGGUCUUGUCAAAGUAUGAGUUUCUUAUUGCACACUCCUGGUGUGUGUUAGAGCAGGGUUGGCCACCGCUGCUGCCAUAAGGAAUAAAAACCAUUUUUAAAGACUGUACAAAACAUUAAGAACACUUUCCCAAUAUUGAGUUGCAUCCACCCUCCCUUUUGCAUUCAAAGCUGGGCAUUUAGAAUGUAUUGACAUCACAGGACGGAGAGAUAUGAGCAGUUUACAGGACUACUUUUUGGAGAUAACUGGGGCUCGGACGGUGAGUUUCUUAUUCGAGUCUUGCCAGUAUUUCAAUACCUUAUUCAUUUGUUGUUGUGUGUACAAUACUGCAUGCAAAUUUGUAUCUAGACAGUUGCGCGCGAGUUCAAAUAUAGAUGUCGCUCAUGUAACAGUAGAACAUUAGACCGUCCCCUCGCCCAUAACCGGGCGCGAACCAGAGACCCUCUGCACACAUCAACAACAGUCACCCACGAAGCAUCGUUACCCAUCACUCCACAAAAGCCACAGCUGUAGAGGACUGCUAAUUCCUAUGUAGGUGACAUUACAUUACUGCUAAUUCCUAUGUAGGUGACAUUACACUACUAUAGCUGAGACACAUAGUAAAACAGGUUGGGCCCCAUACAGGAUAUCUCUCACACACACACACUCACUGUAAUCAUCCAGAACACUGUCACAACAGGAUACUCCUAGCCACAGGUGCUAGCCGGCAGUUCGGCCACAACUCCCCUGAAGAUAGGGACGCAUACGCUCUUACACACUGACCCCAGAAGACAGGGACGACGCACAUACAGUACACACAUAGCUGCCGAGGACACCCAGAUAAGACACCCACAGAUUGGCAGAAAGCCUAGACUUAGAGACAAACUAACACACACACAUAAUCUCCCUCCCAGCCGAACAUUGUGUGACUGAAGAUAGCGCACACACCAGAUCUCCUUUUCAGCUGAGGGGGGUGUGACGACCAAGAACAGGCAUGGCAGGAUUCUACGAUGACGGACAGACAACAGAGCCAAUGCCGGAUGACUACACCCCAGCCUGAUCCAAUCCGAAGAUCCGAUUUCCUAGAUAUCAACCUACUUUCUGUUCUGUAUAUGAAGCUUGUACCCAUUGUUAGCUAGUGUCUUUUUUGCUAGUCUCUGAUGAGCUAACAGAGGGGCCCGUAUAUACGCUGUACCAGAUAUCUCCACUUUGAAAUAAACCUGUCGCUUGUCGUACAAUCUAC